AUAUUCACGUGCAAAUUGUGGAAGCAACAUGUCACGAAAAGAUGUUGCUUUUUCGCUAUUGUGCGUCUUGUGCUGCACAGUAUCUUCUUUCGCUUUCGUUUUCGAGGAUUGUGGCUCGGAGGUGGGUAAACUUAACGAAAUAACGAUUUCAAGUUGUGAAGAGUUGUCCGAAGAGAGGUGUUCAUUUCCACGUGAAAUCGAUAUACUUUCGACUAUAAAGUUCACACCAAACGUAGAUGUUUCGGCAGUUGAAAUGCGUGCAUUUGGCGUGUUACUCGAUGUGCCUGUACCUUUUCCUUUAAAAGAGCCUGACGUAUGCAAGGACCCGGAUUCCGGGAUUAAUUGUCCUUUGACAAAGGAUCAGGAAGUUGUGUACAAAUCCAAGUUAUUCUUGGAGAAGAAAACUCCAACGUUGAGUGUUGAUGCUAUGUUGGAGUUUGUAAAUGAAAAAGGUGAGAAGAUAAUAUGUAUAAAAUUCCCGGCGAAGAUUAAGUAAAACACAUAACUGACAUUUUUACGGCAACCAUGAUGAAUUAUUUUCUCCAAUGUUAAAGAGUGAACACGUUAUCAGCUUUAUACAAUAAAUUCCGUCAUAUUUUAUCACAUAUGUCAACGCAUAGCACAUGGACAAAAAUUAUGCAUGUAUAGAAUAAUAAAUGUUAUAGAGAGAGAGUUUUCUAUAUAUAUAGAUAG